GCGCAGCGCGUAAGGGCGGUGGCAGCGGAGAGCGGCGGGGGCUGCGCUCGGCCGGGGGGACGCCGGCAGGGACCUGCGCAUCCGAGCAUCGCAUCGCCUCGGCGGGAGGAGGCACCGCCAGCUCGCAUCGCUGGGCUGAGGCGGAGGAGAGCCGGAGAAGGAGCAGCGGGAGGAAGAGGAGGAGGAGGAGGAGGAGGAGGAGGAUGAGCCGCGCGGUGCUGGCCUGGCUGGCGCUCUGCGGGAGCCUGGCGGCGCCGCGCCCCGCCCGAGCGGACGUGUGCGACUCCAACCCCUGCCAGAACGGUGGGAUCUGCCUGUCAGGGCUCCAUGACAAUUUCUACUCCUGUGAGUGUCCCGAGGGCUUCACGGACCCCAACUGCUCCAGCCUUGUGGAGGUUGCCUCCUUUGAAGAGGACCCAACUUCAGCAGGACCCUGCCUUCCCAAUCCAUGCCAUAAUGGUGGGACCUGUGAAAUUAGUGAAGCGUACCGAGGCGACACGUUCAUAGGCUAUGUUUGUCAAUGUCCACAGGGAUUUAAUGGGAUUUCACUGCCAGCCACAGCCUUUAUUAGUGAAACCAGCUUGAGUGGAGAACCUGAGGGGCUGCGCACGCCGCUGCUGCUCCCGAUGACAACCUGGAGGAGGAGGAGAAGUGCAGCUGUGUCCUUGCAGGUAGAGCUGGGUCUUCUUUCCUCAACGGGAACCCCUGGGAAGACAACUUUGGCUCAUGGUCUAGGGGGAUCACGUUGGUGGGGCGCUGUCUACAUCAUGGUGGUGGAAUCCAAGCAGCUCGGGGUGUUAGCUCAUAUUCUACAUCGUUUUCCCAGCCUGGGGACACUGGUCUCAGCUCCAGCAUCCCCUUGUGUGCUCCCUGCAGAUGUGAAUGAAUGUGAAGCUGAGCCUUGCAGGAAUGGUGGGAUCUGUACAGAUCUUGUUGCCAACUAUUCCUGUGAAUGUCCAGGUGAAUUUAUGGGGAGGAACUGCCAACAGAGGUGCUCUGGCCCACUAGGGAUAGAAGGAGGUAUUGUGUCCAACCAACAAAUCACUGCAUCGUCCACCCACCGAGCUCUUUUUGGACUCCAGAAGUGGUACCCCUACUAUGCAAGGCUCAACAAGAAGGGUCUUGUGAAUGCCUGGACUGCAGCAGAAAAUGACAGAUGGCCGUGGAUUCAGAUAAACCUCCAGAAGAAGAUGCGAGUCACUGGAGUUAUAACCCAAGGUGCCAAGAGGAUUGGGAGUCCAGAAUAUGUAAAAUCUUAUAAAAUUGCCUACAGCAAUGAUGGGAAGUCAUGGACAAUGUACAAAGUAAAAGGCACAAAGGAAGACAUGGUGUUCCGCGGCAACGUGGACAACAACCCGUACGCCAACUCCUUCACGCCGCCCAUCAAGGCCCAGUGUCGGCUGUACCCCCAGGUGUGCAGGAGGCACUGCACCCUCAGGAUGGAGCUGCUGGGCUGUGAGCUCACAGGUUGCUCUGAGCCCCUGGGGAUGAAAUCAGGACACAUCCAGGACUUCCAGAUCACUGCCUCCAGCGUUUUCCGUACCCUCAACAUGGACAUGUUCUCCUGGGAGCCCAGGAAAGCCCGGCUGGACAAGCAAGGCAAAGUUAAUGCCUGGACCUCUGGCCACAAUGACCAGUCACAGUGGCUGCAGAUUGACCUGCUCAUCCCUACAAAGAUCACUGGGAUCAUCACCCAAGGAGCUAAAGAUUUUGGCCAUGUCCAGUUCGUGGGGUCCUACAAGCUCGCUUACAGCAACGAUGGGGAGCACUGGAAAAUAUACCAGGAUGAAAAGCAGAAGAAGGACAAGGUGUUCCAGGGGAACUUCGACAACGACACGCACCGCAAGAACGUCAUCGAGCCGCCCAUCUACGCGCGGCACGUGCGCAUCCUGCCCUGGUCGUGGUACGGCCGCAUCACCCUGCGCUCCGAGCUGCUGGGCUGUGCGGCCGAGGACUGAGCCCGCCCUGCUCCUGCUGUAGAACAAGCCUCUAGGAUGCUGAGUGGGGUUUUCUUUUCCAUGAACCAGUGCUCGCUCAUUUUUAUGGUAGGCCGCUAGCUGUCUUUCGCCAGGAGGUCUAAGCCUGCCCUUUUAAAACGAUCCGAUCUGAGUUUGGUUUUUCAUUUUGGUUUUUUUGGGUUUUUUUUUUUUUGCCCUUGAGAUCUUGUUGGUGUUGUCCCUUCUGCUGUGGAAUUAUCCUCCUAGCUCUCCUUUGAGUUGUUUACCACCAGUUGAAACGCGUUGAGGGAAAAGAGAAAAGAAAGAAAAAAAAAAAACACGAAACAGCAGCAUCCUUUUUACAAGGGAAGAGAAACAGUGAGACGAAGCUCAUUUGCAGCUUCAGGAACAUUGGGCUGAACGAGUUCUCCAUAAAUCAUACCAUCAUCUCACUUGCAAAAAGUGAUACUGCAGCUUUUAGCAAUAAGUUUACUUGGGGAUGACUGCAUUAUAGUAAUUGUGCCUAUCAAACACUGUCAGUUCUUAUGACAUAUAUUUUGGGAAAUUCUCCGUGGUACUGUGAAACACAGUGCCUGUGAUGUUACGAGCUACCUUUCACCACUUUCAUCCAGACAGCAGAGUCCAAGCACCUGGAAGGUUUUUCCUGACUUCCCCAUUUUCCUUCUCUAUUUUGCAUGCUGUAGACACGGCCUCCGUCUUUUCUGUUUAGUAUCACACUGCUGGUGACAUUUUCCUUGGGAGAUGUCACCUGUUUGCAUAUACAACCAGAUCAGCGUAUUACAAGCUAAUGAAUUUGCCAAAGUUUAUGAAUUUGCAAAGUUUCUGCGCUUUUUCAUAGAGACCAAGGUGAGGCACCAGGGUACCUGUGGUGUCUCAUCUUGGGUGCCCACACAGUGCAUCAGAAAUCCCAUUCCAGGAUUGUUUGUCCAGGGUUGAGCACACAGCCCUAGACUGUGAUCUGCCCACCCCAUCACUGCUUUCACAAACGCUCUGAAUUCCUGUGAGGAGGAAAAUGUGGGGUGAAGGAACCAGGUGCUAAAAGACACACAGAAGGAACAAACUCCCUUAUUGCCAGGAAACGCUCUCUCUUUAGGCUCUUCCUAAAGUCACAGCUUUCCUCCCCAAGAGGUGAUGUAGGAGCGCACCAAAGCCUGAUCCUUGUCACCCUCUGCUCCUUAAAAAUAUAUUUUCAGGCACACACCAGAGCCACGAGGAGGUUUUUUCCUGCCAUGCCCCAUCUAUAGGAAUGCUUCACACACAGCAUGAUAGCACCCCCAGUAUAAAAAGUAGUUUUUAGGAGGAAAAGUGGAGUAGAAAGUGGGGGGGACAUUCUCCCUCAUGCCCCAGUUUGUCCUACUGAUUGAGAAACGAGUACCAACCUUUGCAGAGCAAAGUGCUCUAUGACCACGUUAGAGCAGCACCUCAGUCCAAAAAAGAUCCCGGGACAGGGAGUGAGGAGACAUUCUAUGUUACCUGAAACAACAGCACUUGGGAUUACUGCCAACCUUUCCAUUCCAUAACACGCUGACGUGGAGAGAAAGAGAGAAUGAGAGAAUGAGAGAGAGAUGCAGCUGCAUGUUUUAGCAAAUGUCACUGAACUUAUACUUUCUGUCACUGUUCCAUUCUCACCAAAACUCUGAAGUAUGAACUUGGGCACUGCUUCCCAGGCCAGCAGCUUGCUGGCACACAAUCUGCAAAGGGCAAAGUUUACUUUGGAAACAAAAUGGUUUGGAUUUUGAAAAAAAAAACCUGCAUUUAAUCACACAUUCUCCACCACAGACUAAAUAUAUAUUAUCCAUUGAACUGUGAAAGACUCUAGAAUAGCAGCCAGGAAUUUUACAUACAAGAAUUGGGGAUAUAAUGGUGGCGGUUUUCUGAUAGUGUCACUUAAACUGUCACAUUUUAGCAAACAGAACACCCUGCCUCUACAAAAUGACUUAAUCCUUAAACUGUAUUUAUACAAGUAUUUAUUUUAUAAGGCUUAGACAUUUAAAGACUUCUAAAGAAGAGUCCUGUAAAGGUAAAAGUAUGUGUAAGAAAUGUUGAGGUCCUGUGCAACACUGCUAAGUUUGUUCUUUAUUUUUUACUUUGUGCUGCAUAACAAAAGCCACUAGACUGUUACUGUCUUGUCUGUAACUGUGUUAACAGCAUUCCUUAAUGAUGUAUAUAUGGAGUGGUCUUCAAGCAAAAGGAGCAGUUUUAAAGAGAAAGUCAAUCACUUUGGUGGUACUUCUAAUGAGAAAAAAAAUCUGAAUAAUGGAGGACAAGUCUACCCCCACAUUAUCUACCGCCUUUAUUUUGUAAUUUAGGCUUUACAUUAAAAAACAACAACAAACAAAAAACAAACUAGUAACAUUUAUCUUUUUAGGGUGAACACACACAAUAUUUUAAGAGGUUUAAAUGCAUUUUCCUAUUAUAGGAGAGCAGUUGACCCUGAAAUUAAUUACAGAUAUGAAGAAUAGCAUGUAGAUAUUUCACUGACUGUUUCCAAAAAAACAGAAGGCCAUUUCAUAAAAUUAGACUACCUAGUUUAAAAACUUGUGUUAAUGUUCUUUUGAAAUAUUUGGUUUGUGUUCUUAAUGUUGGGUGGGGGGAGGUUCAUGUAAUUCAUAUUUUGUAACUUCAGUUUUGCUUUUGAAGUAAUAUUUCUUGGUUUAUUAAAUUAAUUGUAAUCCCCUCAUCUGCACAUAGAGUUUACAUGCAAUGUAACACAGUAAUUUUAAUUUGGUAUUAAUUUUGUGUUGAGCAUUUUCACCCUCAUAUCCUGGGUCUUCACAGCCUGCUGGGAUAGCUCCAUGCCUUGUGGUAAUACUCCAUGAAAAUUCAUUUAAAAAAUCAUAUUUAUGAGGCCCUUACCAUUUUAACCUGCAUGCUAGGAGUUUUUCCAAUUGCAUUAUUUCUCAGCUACCAAGAGGUCUUCUUGGAAUGGCAUUUCCAGCACCAAAUUCUGUACCCAGUGUCAACAGCAUCAGUCUGAAAUAGCUUUAGGUUUAAGUGGAAUCCUUCCGAUUUAACAGCGCAGGUGGGAAUCAGAUUAGGAGAUAGAAUUAAACUUUUUCCCCUUUGAUUCUCUUUUGUUGUCUAGGUGUAUACCAUUGCCAUGAGGGGCAAGUUAUAAAUUAAGUGUUCUCUCCCAGUGAAAGCAACCAGCCCCAGAAAACAGAAGUGCAGGACAGGAGAUGUCCCUUUGAGCAGGGACAGAGAAAAGCUGGGAAACGAUCCUUGACUUCUGUAUUAAUUGUUAGCAGCGACAUUGAACAAGGCCAAAAGUGUUCUCCUAAUUAAAUUUCACCCUGAACCAGUUAAGUAUUUGCAGGCAGGCUUCACCUUUAUGUUGCUGGGUAAUGUGCUACCUUUAUAGCCUGGGAAAUAAAGCACUGGCACGAGGCUCCUUUUUAUCGGCGUUAAGGGCCCGUCGCCUCAACUGGCUCUGGAUCUGAGGUUGACUUUCUCUUUUGGAACGGCUGCAUACAAAUUAAGUGUCAGUUUUGAAGACUAAGGAUACUAAAUGAGUGUAUCUUUGCUAUACAACCAAUGUGAACUAUAAUAUUCAGUGCUGGCUUCUGAUGUGUCAGUAAGUACAGAAGUAUCUCGGACACAAACGACCUUUGCAACCUUUCAAGCUGUGUGAUAUUCAAAUGGUUUUGUAUAUACCUAAAUCAUGUAGAGCGAUGUAAAACCAGUACGACCUUGUCUAGUCUUCAAACUUAACAAUAAAACUUUUGAAAAAUGA